AUGAAGACGCUGCAGGAUGUACUCGAGGGUCUCCGCGAGAAGCACCCCGGCCGCGAGGUCAUCGUGGUGCAGGAGCUCAUGUACAUGGGCACCUGGCCAUUUCUACUCCGGGCGCCUCCGCCAAAGGGCUAUGACCAGUUCCCCAAGGUGAUCAAUUUCUCGCCCGCGCCGCUCGUCUUGUCGAGUGUCGACACUGCACCCUUUGGGCCCGGACUGCCCCCGGACUCGAGUGUGGAGGGGCGUGCACGUAAUGCAGCUAUGUACGCGAGCAUGAAGGAUCUGUUGGCGGAUCUGACGGGCUACGGUAACACCGUAUAUGGCCGACUCGGCGCCACAGAGAAAGCCACGGGAUCGCUGUUUGAUCUCUGGACCACAGCCGGCGACAUCACACUACAGCCGUGCAGUCCGAGCUUGGAGUACCCCCGCAGUGACUUGCCGUCCACGAUCCGCUUCAUCGGCGGAACUCCGCCCAACAAGGUGAGCUUGUCGACAUCACUGCCCGCUUGGUGGGGCGAGCUAGAGAUCAACAAACAGGCCAGCGACCCAAAGAAAGUGGUGUUCAUCACGCAGGGCACGGUUGCGAUCGAUUACGAUAUGCUCUUGAUCCCUGCCAUCCAGGCCUUGGCCGAUAGGGACGACGUUUUCGUCAUUGCGGUCCUGGGCGCGAAAGGCGCCAAGCUUGACGGCUUCGAGGUGCCCGUGAACGCAAAGGUUGUUGACUAUCUAUCAUACGACGCGGUGCUGACCUAUGCGGAUGCGUUUGUAACCAAUGGAGGAUACGGCAGCUUCAUGCACGGCGUUAUGCACGGCGUCCCUAUGGUCAUGGCUGGGACGACCCAGGACAAGGCUGAGGUGUCAAUGCGCGGCGAAUGGGCUGGGAUCGCGGUCAACUUACGGACGGAUACACCUAGUCGUGAGGCCCUUCGCGACGGCGUGGACAGAAUCUUGGCGGAUAGCAAGUUCAAGAUCCGUUGCUCAGAGAUCCAGCAGGAAAAUGAGGAGCUCAACUGCAUCGCUCAGGUCGAGAAAAUCAUUACUGAGAUGGAAUAG